GUGUGAGAUUUCCACGAAUCUCAUUAUGCCUUUCAACAAUACGGAUUGGACUCCUCUUAAAAAGUAUUUCGCAAAAAAGCAACCAUACCAGAUAGGGGAUCAAUAAUGUUAAAUUAUGGACAAUCUAUUUUUUAAUGUUGUAUUUGCGGUGGAAAUCAAACCCAAAACAUUCUUACCAAUUUUAUCAAACAAAUAAGAAAACAAGGACUUAUGUGAUCCUAAGAAUCAAAGAUUUUUUAUGAUCCAACUCUUAAAGGCUUAAAAGAAAUUACAAAAAUCUGGCAAAGAUAUUUAUCAAAGCACAAAAGUGGAAAUCGAUUCCUUAAUCUCUAAAUAUGACCCUAGGAAGUUUUAUAACGGGAAGGUUGAAAAUUUAUUUGAUGCGAUCAUUGAUUUAGCAGAAAUACCUGAGAACAAUUUUAGACUCUUUAAUAAAUAAUAGAAACAGGUUCAAAGCAUUGAAGAAUUUAAUAUAGAAGAGAUAGCCUCAAUCAUUAGCGAGACUCUGCUGUUAGAGGAUCUCAUUCAAUAACUCAAGGGAUUCUUUCAUAUGUUGUAGUAAAUGAAUCUCACAGUUGAAGAAACUUAGGAAGCCUAUGAGAAAUUAAGACAAAGAAACCUAACCAAUAAAUAAUUAUAGGAAGUUGUGGAAGGAAAGUGUUAAGAUCCUGAAAUAUAAAAGCUAGCCUUUAAAUUGUUGACCUUUUCCUCCUUUUAAGCUUUGAGUGAUCUGUCAAUCAUCGCAAGUUUCAGGAGGGAAGGCUCAGGCAAAUUCGUUGAAGUGGGCAAUUAAAAACUGUUUUAUCAGUAUUCAAUAGUUGAUUGUGAUUUGAAGCCAUUGAAUAAAAUUGGAGAUUACCUGUCAACCAUAGACGAAUUAAUCAAAUUGAGAAAUUAUUAUGAUUCUCUUAAAUGA